AUGUGGCGUCUUCUACUGCUCUUCCAGCUCCUGCUUGGCUCAGCCCACGGACAGAUCCAGCCCAGAAUCGUGGGCGGCACCACCACCACCCUGUCCGCUGUGGGUGGGUUUGUAGUGAACCUGCGCUAUGACGGAAGCUUCUACUGCGGCGGCUCCCUGGUGAGCAGCAAGCACGUGGUGACGGCAGCCCACUGCCUCAAAGACAAAAAGGCGGGAAGGAUAACCGUCCAGGGCGGAGUCAGCAAGUUGAGCCAGACGGGCGUCGUAAGACGCGUGUCCAAGUUCUUCAUCCCGAACAGCUUCAGCAGCUCCAGUCUCAACUGGGAUGUGGGUGUCAUCCGGCUGCAGAGCUCCCUGACGGGCAGUGGGAUUACCACAAUACCCCUCUGCCAGGUGCAGUGGAAGGCUGGCGACUACAUGCGCGUCUCCGGCUGGGGAACCACGCGCUACGGCAACUCCAAUCCAUCCAACCAACUGCGCACCGUCCGCAUCGAGCUGAUCCGCAAGAAGACCUGCCAGAAGGCAUACCAAAACAGAGACACCCUGACCGCUUCCACCUUCUGCGCCCGCUCCAACGGCAAGGACAGCUGCUCUGGAGACUCGGGCGGCGGGGCGAUCUUCAAUAACCAGCUCUGCGGCAUCGUCUCCUGGGGACUGGGAUGCGCCAACGCCAAGUAUCCUGGCGUCUACACCAGCGUGCAUCGGGUGCGCAGCUUCAUCGUCAGUUCCAUGAAGAAGUGA